AUGGAGCUGGAGUGGUGCACGAAUCUCUUCCAGCAGUUGGGGCACUCGCAGGGCUUCUCUUACCCGUGCGUCCAAGAAAGAGCCACCCUGAGCCAGGAAGGUGGACAGAGCUUCAGCCAGAGUUCAGAGCUGGUGGUCCAUAAAAAGCUUCAUGAUGGGGAGAAGCCCCACAAGUGCUUGCAGUGUGGGAAGAACUUUAGGUGGAGCUCCAACCUGAUCAGCCACCAGAUGAUCCACACUGGGGAGUGGCCUUACGAGUGUGGGGAGUGUGGGAAGGGCUUCAGCUACAGAUCCAACCUUGUGACCCACCAACGUCUCCACACUGGAGAGAGGCCCUACGAGUGUCCCCAGUGUCAGAAGAGGUUUCCGAGCAGCUCCAAUCUCCUCCAGCACCAGCGGAUUCACACUGAGGAGAGGCCCUUCCUCUGCCCUGAGUGCGGGAAGGGCUUCAAGCGCAACUCCAACCUCAUCAUCCACCGGCGCAUCCACACUGGGGAGAGGCCCUACCAGUGUGCCACACGUGGGAAGAGGUUUCAGACAAGCUCCCAUCUCCUCCUGCAUGAGCGGAUUCACACGGAUGAGAGGCCCUUCCACUGCCCCAACUGUGGGAAGGGUUUCAAGCACAACUCCACCCUCAUUACCCACCGACGCAUCCACACAGGGGAGAGGCCCUACAAGUGUCCCCAGUGUGAGAAAAGCUUCACCAGUAGCUCUCACUUGACCAGACACCAACGGAGCCACCAGGGCCGGAGGUCUUACAAGUGUGAGGAGUGUGGGAAGAGCUUCAGCUGGAUCUCCUGCCUGAUUGUCCACCUGAGGAGGCACACCGAGGAGAGGUGUUACAAGUGUGAGGAGUGUGGGAAGAGUUUCAGCCGGAUCUCCCACCUGACUGUCCACAUGAGGAGGCACACCGGGGAGAAACCCUACGAGUGUGAUAAAUGCAGAAAGGGGUUUCAGACCAGCUCUGAUCUCCUCAGGCACCAGCGCACUCACACAGAGGAGAGGCCCUUCCUCUGCCCCGACUGCGGGAAAGGCUUCAAGUACAACUCCUCCCUUGUCAGCCACCAGCACAUGCACACCCAGGAGAGGCCCUAUGAGUGUCCCGAGUGUGGGAAGAGAUUCACCCACAAGUCGAACCUGAUUGUCCACAAGAGGAUCCACACUGGCGAGAGGUCUUACGAGUGUGGGGAGUGUGGGAAGAGCUUCUGCCAGCGCUCCCACCUGAUCUACCACCUGAGGAGCCACACUGGGGAGAAGCCCUAUGAGUGUGAUAAAUGCAGGAAGAGGUUUCAGACCAGCUCUCAUCUUGUCAGGCACCAGAGGAUUCACACGGAGGAGCGGCCCUUUCGCUGCCCUGACUGCGGGAAGGGCUUCAGGGACAACUCCACCCUCGUGACCCACCGGCGCAUCCACAGUGGGGAGAGGCCCUAUGAGUGUCCUGAGUGUGGGAAGAGCUUCUCUCAGAGCUCUAUCUUGAGCAGA